CUGCCCGGCCGGCCGUGCGUGCGUCCGUCCAUGGCGGCGGCGGGCAACAUCCCGCAGCACCGACUUCAAUCGGCGGCGCCUUCACCUUCCGCGUCCUCUAAACCCCCAUCCCGCCCACCGCCGCUCAAAGGUUCCUGAGCAAAUAGCGAGGUGAGACAGAGCGAUUUGGCCGGACAGUGCUGCGGUCCAAGUUUAGUAGUAGGAGGAGGAUCUGAACUAGCCUAGCCUAGUUGUUGGGCUCUGCAGAUUCGAACCCAGAGAGAGUGGUCCUCCGGGUUAACAGCACCAAAUGACUUCCACCAUCGAGUCUAUUUCAAGAAUCAGGAGCUAAUUUCUAUGCACCAGCCCAUGUAUCAGUAGUUCAGUACUGAAUGAGCUUCUUACUGUGUGGGACACUGAAGUUGGACGAACUAAUCCAUCUGUGCACAAGCAGUUAAAGCUUGCUAGGAUCUUCACCCGUGGAAUUAUUGAUAGAGAUCCGAAACCAAGCUCAUAUGAGCGAAAGUUCCUAAAAUGGUUUCUUUAGUGGACCUAUUGCUCAAACUGGAAAAUAUGGACUUGCACCGUACUCCAUAUCGAGUUCCUGCAACUGGAUAAGGACGGUGAAGGAAUGCUCUAAUUCAUUCCUUCUAGUUCGCUUUCAGGGGUAACUUGAUAUUGAGGAUCAUGGACGCCAAUAGCCAGUACCGGGUUUCUAAAUGACCUGCUAUCUUUUCCAUUGGAAAAGUCGAAAAGGAAGAUAAAUAAGCAGUUGAAUUUAUCAGAAAGUGGGAAACAAUUGAUGUGGCUGAAAGUACCACAACUCCUCUCACCAGAUUUUGAAAGCAAGGAAGUAAGCUAUCUAGCACCUCUAUGUGCGCUUCUGUUUUCCUUAGAUGUCUGUGACACAGGAGGUAUUCAGAUUUUAUUGGAUUUGUUCGUGCAAAAAAGAGAUUUUGUCAGGUUUUUUAGAGCUUUUCAUUUGUCACCCUUCCUUGUGAAUGAAUUCAUUAAUAAUUAUGCAAUUGUUAAAAUGUAUGGCAUGGAGAAAGACACGUGUCCUUUUGUCAAGUCUGUAUAUUCAGUUUUCGCCAUCUGUUACGCAUGCUUUUCUCACUUUAAUGCUCCCUUUUAAAUCAUAUUUAUGUGCUUGGUGUCCUGGUUUAUUCCAUUUUUCAGAUUGCUAUGAUAAGAAAAAUAUGUGAUAUUUGUGGAUAUUUUUCACUGUAGUUACCCACUGGUAUGAGGACUGUCUGGUAGAUGGUCGCAUUAGUCCUCGGAUCCACCAGAUGGCCUGUGCCUAGCAGAAUGUGUUGGUAGGUGGCAUAGCAGAACUGCCACUGAAAACAGUGAGAGAGGGUGGCCUGUGGCCUAGCAGAAUUUGUUGGUAGGUGGCAUAACAAAACUGCCACUGAAGACAGUGAGAUAGGGUGUACAUCAUGUGGGGCGGGGUGGCAGCUUGGCUGGAAGUGCCUUCUGGUUUCUUAUCCGACACAUGAACAUCAUUUAUUCUUAAUUUUAUGAUUACACACAAACUAUUUCAACUUGUGAUCUUUCAUUUUUGUUCUUUUCUUUCUUGAGAAACCUCCUCAUGUACUGGUACCAGAAAGUUUUCUUCCUAAACAAGGUUUUCUCAAGGUCUUAGUUACUAAAAAACAAUCUAGACCGUCUCUUAUCAUCUCAGCAUGAAAAUUAUUAAAGCAUGUUUCUUGCUUUUUGGACACAUGCAGUUGAAUCUACCCUUUCUGGUAUGUAAACUCUCAUUAUGUACUAUUGUUUCUGUUAACUGUUGGCUGCUACGGAGGAUGGAGGUGAAGAUGAAGAUGGGUUUCAAACUGUGUUAGAGUUCACCACGCUAGACAUAACUCAGUGGCCAAUUAUUGCUCUAUUAUGAUGGGUGUAAGAAGUGCUCGUGUUGUUGUCGGGAGUAUUCAGUGAGCUUACCAACUUUGAUGAGUCAAUCUGUGCACCGUUAGCAACUAGACUUCUCCUCACUGGUGUUGUGCCUCAAUAGUCAUCUAUAUUCAAGGGUGCCUUAAAUCCAUUGCGCCUUACAUUUAAGACGGCAGAUGGGGGAGCACCCAAGAUAAUUUUCAAAAAGGGAGUUGCCUCUGCUAAGAUCAAUUAGUAAAUAUUCUGGCCUGUUUACAUUUUCUAUAAAUCAUCUUGGCUUUUGUUCUAGUCACAUGUGAAGCCAGCCGGUAGUAUUUUAGCCCUUACUAAUUUGCCACUUAAGCCAAGUAAAAAGGAAAAUUAUGCACUGUGCCAGCAUUCUGUACAAACAUUGUCCUAAAUCAGGGCCACCAUCUUCUUAAGCAUUGGCCAAUCGAAUACAGGGUGGGGUAAAAAGAUUAAUUACAUCAAUGGUCAGUGUAACAGUGUUGGACCCAUGACACACAUGGAGCAGUGUGGCAGGAAUUAAAUCUGGGUGGGCUCCAAAGAUAAAUUACAUCAAGGAACCAGUGUUGGCAGCCGUGACACAGAUGCAGCAUGCCACCUUGUAUCUGCAAUGUACGGUUAAAAAGAUAGGCUGAUUUUUAUUUUUAGUUAGUAAAGCAGUUCUUGUUUGCAAAGCACAUUUGAACUUCAAUCUUUUCACAUCACCACAAAAUACCACAUAAAGUUUUGCCGCAUCUGCAUUACUGUGCUUCAACCUUUCCGUCUUGUUUCAGCCAAUUUGUUCAGCUUCAGCACCUAACACUUCUCCUUACUGGUGUUGUGCCUUGGGAAUUUUGUAGUAUAUUCAGGAGAGCCCUUUACAUUUAAGACAGCAAACGGAGGAGCAUCCGAGGUAAAUUUGAGAAAGGGAGAUCAUUCUAGUCUCUCUUUUUUUGCAUUUUCAUGGAGACCGUUGUAGUCUGGUACGUAUACACCGUAUGCAUUGUCAUCUCUAAUGGUUAUUACAGUGUAACAUCCCCGUGAAGCCAGACAGCCUGUAUUUUCGUCCUUGCUAACUCGCCACUUAAGCCAAGUAAAACGGAACAUUUAUGCAUGUGAAUGCUGUACACUCUUUGCUUUUUUACUAUGAAAGUUUCCUUUUUACAUGUAAAAUGUGGGUGGGCUUGCAAGAUUAAUUACAUUGCCUGGUCAUGUCAGUGGGAGCAGUACUCCACUCCACUUGUGUUGGCAGCAGUGGUGUUUCUUUUCCACACCUCAUGUGCCAAGACUUAACUCUCAAGCGCCAGCUUGCUAGAUAGUUAGGUGAUGCAUUAACUUGCUCUGUACACAUCCCAGUCAAAUAAUUCACAAGCACGCAUAGGCACAGGCCACCUCGUUAGCUACCAUUUUCAUCACAAUUCACAAGCACGCAUAUCUUGCCACAGCGACAGCACACUUCUCCAAAAUCCCACAUCAACCUGGCUCUUGCUCCCCUGAAUCCUACUACCACCCAUCCAAAAGCUUCAAGAUCUCACAAAAAUCUCCCAACUCCCGUUUGACGGAGUAGAUCCUGCACACAGCGCCGCCCAUGCAUCCACGCGCCGCUAUAACUUCACCAGUGUUGCCUCCUGCUUCAUCGCCUCGUUGGCUUUGAAUCUGCUGCUGCUGCCACCAAAACAAUGCCAGAGCUGGCGUCGACGCUCCUGUGAAAACCACGUCUUCCUCGCUGUUGCUGCGUUGCUGGUCCUGGGUGCAGAUUAGGGGCAAGCUCGUGAAGUGCACCUGUGUUGGAGAAGUUUCUUCCAAGAGUUCCAUGGCGGAGCUGGUGGUCACCAUGGCGACCGGGCCGCUGGUGUCCAUGCUGAAGGACAAGGCGUCCAGCUACCUCCUGGACCAGUACAAGGUGAUGGAGGGAAUGGAGGAGCAACACAAGAUUCUCAAACGCAAGCUUCCGGCCAUCCUCGACGUUAUCACCGACGUUGAGGAGCAAGCCAUGGCACAGAGAGAAGGUGCCAAAGCCUGGCUUCAGGAGCUCAGAACAGUCGCCUAUGGGGCAAAUGAAGUCUUCGACGAAUUCAAGUACGAAGCCCUACGCCGUGAAGCCAAGAAGAAUGGGCACUACAGAAAGCUCGGCUUCGAUGUAAUUAAACUCUUCCCUAAUCACAACCGUGUUGCGUUCCGUUACAAAAUGGGUCGCAAGCUUUGUCUGAUUCUGCAAGCCGUUGAGGUCCUCAUAGCAGAGAUGCAGGUCUUUGGGUUCAAGUACCAACCACGGUCACCGGUGUCCAAAGAGUGGAGGCAUACAGAUUAUGUUAGCAUUGACCCACAAGAAAUUGCCAACAGAUCCAGACACGAAGAUAAGAAGAACAUUAUUGGUACACUAAUUGGUGAAGCUAGCAACGUAGAUCUCACAGUUGUUCCUGUUGUUGCAAUGGGGGGCCUUGGCAAGACCACAUUAGCGCAACUCAUAUACAAUGAUCCUGAAAUUCAGAAGCAUUUCCAGUUGCUGCUCUGGGUUUGUGUCUCUGAUACCUUUGAUGUGAACUCCCUGGCCAAGAGUAUAGUUGAAGCAUCUCCCAAUAAGAAUGUUGAUACAGACAAACCACCACUGGAUAGACUUCAAAAACUGGUCAGCGGACAGCGGUAUCUCCUUGUAUUGGAUGAUGUUUGGGACAAUAAAGAGCUACGUAAGUGGGAAAGGCUCAAGGUUUGCUUGCAUGGUGGCAUGGGCAGUGCAGUGUUGACAACAACUCGUGAUAAACGAGUUGCUGAAAUUAUGGGUGCAGAUAGGGCAGCCUACAAUCUCAAUGCUUUGGAGGAUCACUUCAUAAAGGAAAUUAUUGUGGAUAGAGCAUUCAGUUCAGAGAAUGGAAAGCCUCCCGAGCUACUCGAGAUGGUUGGUGAGAUUGUGAAGAGAUGUUGUGGCUCUCCAUUAGCUGCAACUGCACUGGGUUCUGUACUUCGCACCAAGACCAGUGUGGAAGAAUGGAAGGCUAUAUCAUCUAGAAGCAGCAUUUGCACUUAUGAAACUGGAAUUUUGCCAAUACUCAAGCUUAGCUACAAUGACUUGCCCGCACACAUGAAGCAGUGCUUUGCUUUCUGUGCUGUGUUUCCCAAGGAUUACAAGAUCAAUGUGGAGAAGCUUAUCCAACUAUGGAUUGCAAAUGGCUUUAUCCCAGAACGCAAGGAAGAUAGUCUUGCAACCUUUGGAAAGCAUAUUUUCGAUGAGCUGGUCUCAAGGUCAUUCUUUCUGGACCUAGAGGAAAGUAAGGACUUCAGGGGGAAUUAUUCCAGAACAUGUAAAAUUCAUGAUCUUAUGCAUGAUAUCGCAAUGUCUGUUAUGGAAAAGGAAUGUGUUGUUGCAACUAUGGAACCAAGUAAAAUUGAGUGGCUUCCAGAUACUGCUCGGCAUUUGUUCUUGUCAUGUAAAGAAACAGAACGUAUUUUGAAUGAUUCUAUGGAGAAAAGAUCCCCUGCUAUUCAAACAUUGUUAUGUGAUAGUAAUGUGUUCAACCCAUUGCAGCAUGUAUCAAAAUACAACACUUUGCAUGCCUUGAAGCUCUGUAUGUGGACAGAAUCAUUUCUUCUGAAACCAAAGUAUCUGCAUCACCUGAGGUACCUUGAUCUCUCAGAAAGUCGUAUGAAAGCACUUCCCGAGGAUAUAAGUAUUCUAUAUAACCUGCAAGUGUUGGAUCUAUCCAACUGCCGUUAUCUUGAACGACUUCCAAGGCAAAUGAAGUAUAUGACUUCCCUCUGCCACCUCUACACUCAUGGAUGUCCGGAGUUGAAGAGCAUGCCUCCAGGACUUGAAAAUCUCACUAAGCUGCAGACACUCACAGUUUUUGUAGCAGGAGUUCCUGGCCCUGAUUGCGCUGAUGUUGGAGAGCUGCAUGGUUUAAACAUUGGUGGUCAGCUAGAGCUACGCCAGGUAGAGAAUGUUGAAAAAGCAGAAGCAAAAGUGGCAAACCUUGGAAACAAGAAGGAUCUCUGUCAACUGACAUUAAGAUGGACUAAGGUUGGCGACAGCAAGGUGCUCGACAAGUUCGAACCUCAUGGUGGGCUGCAGGUUCUGAAGAUAUAUUCCUAUGGAGGAGAGUGCAUGGGUAUGCUGCAAAACAUGGUUGAGAUCCAUCUUUUUCAUUGUGAAGGAUUGCAAAUUUUGUUCAGAUGCAGUGCAAUCUUCACUUUUCCAAAACUGAAGGUACUAAUGCUAGAACAUUUGUUGGGUUUUGAAAGAUGGUGGGAAAUCGAUGAGAGGCAAGAAGAACAAACAAUAUUUCCUGUGCUUGAGGAGUUGUUUAUUAGUAACUGCGGAAAGUUGGUAGCAUUACCUGAAGCACCAUUGUUGCAAGGACCUUGUAGUGAAGGAGGUUAUACAUUGGUAAGCUCAGCAUUUCCUGCCCUAAAGGUACUUAAAAUGAAAGAGUUGGAGAGCUUUCAGGGAUGGGAUGCAGUCGAAGAGACUCAAGGAGAACAGAUAUUGUUUCCUUGUCUGGAGGAACUAUCAAUUGAGAAAUGCCCAAAGCUGACAGCGUUACCUGAAGCACCAUUGCUUCAAGAACGAUGUACUGAAGGUGGUUAUAGAUUGGUACGCUCAGCCUUUCCUGUCCUAAAGGUGCUCAAAAUGGAAAACUUGGAGAGCUUUCAGAGAUGGGAUGCGGUCGAAGGUACAUUGUUUCCUCUGCUUGAGGAACUGUCAGCCCAGAAAUGCCCAAAGGUAAUAGGUUUACCUGAAGCACCAAAACUAAGUGUAUUACAUAUUAUAGAUGGCAAACAAGAGAUCUUCCAUUGUGUAGACAGGUAUUUGUCUUCAUUGACAAAUCUGACACUGAGGCUAGAACACACAGAAACUACAUUAGAGGCUGAAUGCACUUCAAUUGUACCUGUGGACAGCAAGGAGAAAUGGAACCAGAAAUCCCCUCUUACAGUUGUGGAGUUAGGAUGCUGCGACUCAUUCUUUGGACCAGGUGCACUAGAGCCAUGGGACUAUUUUGUACACCUUGAAAAGUUGGAAAUUGGUAUGUGCGCUGUGCUCCUCUACUGGCCAGAGAAAGUGUUCAAAAGCUUGGUGUCCUUGAGGAGGUUGGUGAUUAGAAACUGCAGAAAUCUGACUGGAUAUGCACAAGCUCCUCUUGAGCCAUUGGCGUCCGAAAGGAGUCAGCACCUGAGAGGUCUGGAGUCUCUUUGCUUAAGAAACUGCCCAAGUUUAGUAGAGAUGUUCAAUAUCCCGGCAUCUCUCAAGUGCAUGGAUAUUGAUAGGUGCAUUAAGCUUGAGUCCAUAUUCGGCAAGCAGCAGGGUAUUUCAGAGUUAGUCCAGGGGUCUUCUUGCAAUGAGGCAAUCAUGUGUGCAGCUGUAACAGAGUUUCCAUCCUCACCCAUGAAUCACUUUUGUCCAUGCCUAGAAUAUCUAAGUUUAGUCGGAUGUGGAAGCUUACAAGCGGUUCUAAGUCUGCCUCCAUCCUUAAAGUCCAUACUUAUUUUGAGCUGCAAUAGCAUUCAAGUCCUAUCAUGUCAGCUGGGUGGGCUCCAGAAACUAGAAGCCACUACCUCCAGAAGCAGAAGUCCUAUCAUGCCAGAGCCACCAGCAGCAACAGCACCAACUGCAAGAGAGCAUUUACUUCCUCCCCAUCUCGAAUAUCUAGUAAUACGGGACUAUGCUGGCAUGUUGGGUGGGACUCUCCGUCUGCCUGCACCCCUCAAGAGACUGGACAUUAUUGGCAAUAGUGGGUUGACAUCGCUGGAGUUUCUGUCGGGAGAGCAACCCCCAUCGCUGGAAAUCCUUGAUCUUGAAAGCUGCAGUACCCUGGCAUCCCUACCGAAUGAGCCGCAAGUAUACAGUUCUCUCCGCUUUAUUCAGAUUACAGGCUGCCCUGCUAUAAAGAAGCUCCCUAGAUGCCUGCAGCAGCAACUGGGCAGCAUGGAUGACAAUGACAAAGAACUAGAUGCCCGUUAUGAAGUAAUGGCAUUGAAACCGAAGACAUGGAAGGAGAUACCAAGACUGGUCCGCGAACAGAGGAAGGCCGCUCGACCAGCCAGGGAAUGAACGCCAGCAAUCCACCAUGCAGGAGUAAACAAACAGGGCAGGAAAGCAUGCGUUAUUUUAGCUUCAAACAAUGUACUUGUAUGUUAUGUCAUGACUGGUUGAACGUUGACCUUUUUAUCUUGUUCAAUUUCAGAUACUUGUAAUGUGGAUUCAUCCAUCUCCUUUUGAACAUUUCCUGGGUUUACUAGAAUUCGGGACGUGUGCUGAUGUUAUUUGGUUGAGGAGACAUUGGCGUUCAGAAACUUUGCAAGCUGUGGUUUUUAUCAGCUUUGAUUUGAUGAUUUCAAUCAUCCAUUUCCCAAGAGGAGGAAUGGAAGCUUCAACUCGUUGAGAACUGUCUUGAUGCUCUGCUACCUGUGAUUGCUUGUAAAACUCAACUCUGGUGCAUGGCGGUCUGCUCUGGAUUUGGUUUUCUGCUGUGCUGCUGACAUUUGCCUUUUAACUUGUUGAGAAGCUAUGUAAACUGCUGUCCGGUUUUUUCUGCUUCAAUCAAUACUUCAAUGGUGAUGGAAUGAUGGAGGGAAUAAACCUUCAACCUGUCUGGUUGAGAAACCAACUUUCCAGCACUCUUUGGUCUGUAGACUGCGAAGGAUGCUGUGAAUUUCUGCUCUGCUAGAGUGUUAUGGAUGCUGUGAUUGCUUCUACAACUCUACUCUACUGUACUGCACUGCAGUCACUCUCGGCCGAGAAUUGUUGGGGCCCGUGAUCAAAAAAAGACGCAGUGGCUGAAGCUAGCUAAAUCAUGAUCUUUGCAAGAGCAAUGUUUCAUGUUGCGGCAGAAUGUAGUAUGCAAGUAACCCCUAAGUUCAAGGACACUCGGGCCUUCGCCCAGUCUGGUGCAAUCCCUCGCCGGAAUCAAAUCUACAGCUGAUGCUGUUUCAGGUCUCACCAAAAAGUCCAGGCAGGGUAUUCAUUUAGUCAUGGACAUUGGAGGUUUUUUUUUUGCGUGGGCUCGUUUUUUAUCGUGCGGGGUAUCGUUGAGGUGGAAGCCGCGAGUACAAAUGCAAAGGCACCGGUAUUUUGGUGGAUUAGAGGUGAUGGUGAAAGGUGAGGUGAGAAAAAACCAAUUAGAGAAGAUGGUGAGAGGCGAGGCUAAAAUAAACCAUGGAUGUCGGCCUAGCAACUCCCGUUUUAGAAGUGGAGAUUCAAAUACUACUACUUUUUUAGGGGUACUAUUACUUUACUGAGAGGCCUAAUUCAUCACCUUCAUAUUGAUCGUAUCGGGCAUCAUCCCACAAUUGUACCUCUCACUUGUAUGACUGUACCUCGUAUGUCGUCCACUACAGUCUUUUCUUGUUGAA